AUGGUCACCAUCAAAGCGCACGAUACUGCUGUCAAAAUGAAAAUCAAAUUGCCUGGGGCAGGUGAUAUUGAAAGGGACGUACAGCCCAACACUGCAACAUUCAGCAACGUCAUUCUACCCCUUUCUCACAUCGACAACAAUCCGUCUUCCAAGUCCCAUAUCUUUGUUUUUUAUAGAGCCGUAUCGACUAACCCUGAACUGCUAAAUGCCUCCACCGAGGCCCGGAAUCUGCUGGAUAGCUACAAUGUCGAGACGAGGAUGGAUGGCGGGUUAUUUGCACUGGUUUACGCUGUCUUUCACAAGAGCGAAGACCUGGAUGUAGAGUCCCAUCGCCUGUUGAAGAAGAUGUAUACGGGUUUUGUUCGGCAUGGGUUGAGAUUAUCGUCUGGUUGCCAGAGGUAUCGGUUUCGGGAGAUUCAGUCGCGGCUGAGUUGGAUUAAGGCUGAGUUUCAGAGAAAUCUGGUCGAGGCGAAUAGUACUGGUAUCUGGUUUACGGUUGAGCAGUUAGAUGGGUUACCGGAUAAAUUUCUAUCAAUGUUAAUGAGAGGGGAAGCAGAAGGGGACAAUGAGGACAAGAUCCGAGUGACGUUUAGUGAUUCAGACCUCUUUCAAACACUGAGAUAUGCGAGGGACAGUGAGACACGGAGGCGCAUUUAUAUUGCUAACGAGAACAAGUGUGGACAAUCAGCUCGCCUUCUUUGGUAUCCCAGUCAUGCUGCUUUGCGGAUUGAAGAUAAGAUGGCUAAGUUUCCAGAGACUGUGAAUUCUUUUCUCGGUGAUUUGCAAUCUCAAUUAGGAGAGAAUGGUGGGAGAGAAGUCGAGAAGCUAAAGCAACUCAAGAAGGCCGAUCUUGAGUCUCGGGGAGAAACAUUCGAUGGCCGGUAUUUCUUGUGGGAUCAUCAGUACUAUCAUCGAAUGAUGUUGGAGAAGCAGUACUCGGUACACCAACAGAAGAUAGUGGAGUAUUUCCCUCUGCUGGGUACUAUUAUGGGCAUGCUGGAGAUCUGCGAGACCUUAUUUGGUCUUUCUUUCAGCAAAUUUAGCACAGACCAGAGGACAAAGCUAGCUAAUCCUGGGGAUGCACUUGUCUGGCAUGGAGAUGUGCAGGUUUUCAGUGUCUGGAACAGCGACGAGGGCGAUGGCUUCGUCGGCUAUCUUUAUCUGGAUCUUUUCCUUCGGGAAGGUAAAUAUGCGAAUGCAGCCAAUUUCAACCUGAUACCAGGCCUCACCCAAGAAAACGGCACACGCCUAUAUCCUGUCACAGCGGUGGUGUGCAACUUCUCCAAGCCUGGUUCGAAAACUCCCUGUCUUUUAAAACAUGACGAAGUUACCACUUCCUCACAUUUCCACGGUACAGCGACAGAAGUGGACUUUGGCGAAACCCCCAGCCAGAUGUUGGAGAACUGGUGCUGGACACCAUCAGUACUACAGUCAUUAAGUAGACGCUACUCAUAUCUUUCCUUAGAGUAUUAUGACUACUGGAAAGAACGAGCAGAUGGGGAACCUCAGCCUCAUGAGCAAAUACCUGACGCGAUGAUCUCGCGUCUUCUCCGCACCAAACACGUAAACAUUGCACUGUUCCAUCUGUGUCAGUUGCAUUUUGCUAUGUUUGAUAUGGUAGUCCAUGAUCCUGGUAAUCACCACGCGAUCGAGGAAUUAGACAUCUCGGCGAAAUACACUAACCUCCUGGCUGAGAUUCUACCGAUGGACGGCCCAGAAGAUGACGACUGGGGCCAUGGUCAAACACGCUUUCAGCACUUGUUGGGCGAGUAUGACGCAGGGUACUACAGUUAUUUAUUCUCGAAGGUCUAUUCCACAGAUAUGUUCUAUACCGUGUUCAAAGCAGGCCCUACGAGCUAUCUAGAGGGCUGGAGAUACCGAUAUACUGUUUUGACUGAUUUCUUGGGGCGCGGACCUCAGACAGAUGCGUUUUACAAGGAGCUUUGUCAAGCGUGA